CCCCCGUGCGGCCACGAUUGGUGGAGUCGUGGUCGUGGUGAGCAGCCGGUAGAAGAAGAAGACGGCACUCGUAGCCAUGGCUACGGGAUCACGGGAGUGUGGGACUUCCCCACGGACGUCCUGGUUGAGAUCCUCCUGCGGCUCCCGCCGACCUCCCUGUGCCGGGCCCGCCUCGUGUGUCGGCUCUGGCGCGACGUGGUCAGCGACUGCACCACGGAGAUGCAGAGCCGCGCCAAGGCCCUCCUCUGGAAUCCGAACACUUGCGUCGCCUAUGUCGUCGACGACCUGUCCACGGGGACCUGCAGAGAGCUGUGGAGGCGGCGCGACGGUGGAAACGACGGGGACGUGCAGCUGGUGGGCACGUGCAACGGCCUGCUCUGCCUGUGCGACGACAAGGAGAUAGGUGGCGUUAUCACCCUGGUCAACCCAGCCACCGGCGAGACGCUGCCCCUCCCACCCUUGCCGUGUGCCGGCCGGUUCAUCGGCCUCCACCACCGGAAUAUGUGGCACUCGGCGUACAGCUUCGCAUGCCACCCGACGUCGGGGCGGUACAAGGUGGUGCACGUCCCGUGCAUCUUUGGCCAUGUGUGUGAGUUCGUCGGCAUGCGUGUUCUCACGCUCGGCCAAAUGUCGUGGCGGGAGGUGCCCAUGGCGUGUGGGUUAUGGAGGAGGAGGGACGCCGAUGGAGCCGCCGGUAUAGUCUCAGAGGGCAGUGCGUCCCGCGGCCACACUUCGUGCACGGCAAGUAUGUGCUGACGCGGCAGCGGACGUCGGUGUACGGGCACUACAGGCGGAAAGGCUCCUUGUUACCCGGCGAUGUCGUACGGGUCAGCCGAGUAAUGCUAUACGUACGGGCAUGUUUUACAAAAACAGCCUACGGACUCAGUACACAGGAACAGAAACGUGGUCCGGAUUUCAAAGGAGACACCAGAAUUUAGCCAACCAACACAAAACACGUAUGUCCGUAGGUCUCUCCGUAACCUCACAGUCCGUAACUCUAGGAUUAUUGGGGUCAGCCACCGGGACGAGGGUACGCUCGUCGGCAAGCUACAACCCAACUGCUUCUUGUACAGCCAAAAUCUUACCUUCGCCUAUGUCAAGACAACAGAACCACUAAGUAUUUACAUGGCCAAUUAAUCAGUUAUAUUUUUUCACUUUUGCUA